AUGGGCGUCCACGAGCCGACGCGCUUCUUGGCGCCGGCAUUUCCGCCUCGCAGCGUCCGGACGAUUGUGCUGUCCUUUAUCGGCACAUGUUUCUUCUUUUCGUUUUACAGACUCUCGGUGUUGCCCGACCCGGGCUACUACCCUCACUACAUCUACGACCACAUUGCCAACUACUUUGAGCCCGGCGUCUACAACAACACGCUCUACCAAAAUGGCACCGAGGCCGCCGUCCACCCGCACUGGAACUUUAGCCAGCCCUGCCAGGGCUUUCCGAGCACAGAGGACGUCAUGGUCGUGAUGAAGACGGGCGCCACCGAAUCGUUUGACAAGAUGCCCACCCAGCUGCUCACCAGCCUGCAAUGCAUCCCCGACUUUUUGCUCUUUUCCGACUUGGAACAACAAAUCGGCAAAUAUCACAUUUACAAUGUGCUGGACCGCGUCGAAGACAUCCUGAGCAGCGACCGUGCCGAGUUCCUCCUCUACCAGGCCCAGCAAGACUGUCCCAUUUCGCAAAAAGAGUGCACCACCGGCAUGCCCGGAGGUUGGGAUCUCGACAAGUACAAGUUUCUCAACAUGGUGCUGCGCACGUGGGAGAUGCGUCCCAGCAUGAAGUGGUACGUCUUUGUCGAGGCCGACACCUACGUUGUCUGGGCCAACCUCAUCGAAUGGCUCAACACCAAGAUGGAUGCGACCGAUGAUGUCUACGUCGGCGGCAUCGCAUUCUUAAACAAUCUACCUUUUGCCCAUGGAGGCACCGGCUACGCCAUCUCCGGUGUCCUGCUCGAGCGGCUCGCCGAGCACGUCAAGCAGAUUCCGGCAAAGGUGCUGAACGAAAUGGCCAUGCACACCUGCUGCGGCGACGCGCUGCUCGCCGACGUCAUCGACAAGCUCAACGUGUCCGUGCUGCGGGCCUCGCCCAUGUUCAACGGCGAGAAGCCCAACACGCUGCCCUUCAGCCCGCGGGACUGGUGCCAGCCGCUCUUCACGCUGCACCACAUGAACUCGGAGGAGAUUAGCGGCGUGUGGCAGUACGAGCAGACGCGCACCAAGGCGGACCCGCUGCAGAUCCGCGACGUCUACCACGCCUUUGUCGGGCCCAACCUGGUCCCGCGCCGGCCGCAGUGGAACAACCUGGCCGAGCAGCGCUGCUUCGAGACGCCCGAGGACGGGCGCGGCGUCGUCGAGAAGCACGCGCACGAGUCGGCCGAGGCUUGCGCGCGCGUCUGCCUCGCCGAGGGCCUCGCCGUCGACGCCGAGGCGUACGAGAAGCUCCGCACCGACGACGAGCGCGACUGGUACCUGCAGCAGCGGUACCGCCGCCAGUCGUCGACGGAGCGCGGCGCCAGCGUCGCCAGGGACCGCAGCUGCUUCAGCUGGCGCUACCGCGACGGCAAGUGCUGCACCAGCGACAGCUUCCGCCUCGGCUACCCCGUGAGCGCCAAGAAGGAGGACGACGCCACCAGCGGCUGGUUCGUCGACGGCAUCAACAGAUGGAUCGAGGAGCACGGCCAGUGCGACGAGGGCACCGAGUGGGUGACGCCCGUCUGCGUCGGCAAGUGGUGCCCGGACGAGAUGGAGAAGCAGCGCAAGCAGAUGGAGAUGAAUGAGCAGGCAAAGGAGGAGAUGCUCAAGAAGUUUGGCUUGGAGCUGGCAAAACCAAACGACGGAGAGGGAGGGGACGAGGACGAGGGCCUGCGAUGA